AUGCUAAGUGACAAGCACCCUGUGAUAAUUAGCCUCCAGGCUCGUCUUUCGUCGCCAGGAAACCGCAGACAAAGACGCGGACGAAGACGCGGACGAAGACGCGGACGAAGACGCGGACGAAGACGCGGACGAAGACGCGGACGAAGACGCGGACGAAGACGCAGACGCAGAGGCAGACGAAGACGCGCAGAUAAAGACGCAGACGAAGACGCGGACGAAGACGCGGACGAAGACGCAGACGAAAACGCGGACGAAGACGCGGACGAAGACGCGGACGAAGACGCGGACGAAGACGCGGACGAAGACGCGGACGAUGACGCAGACGAAGACGCGGACGAAGACGCGGACGAAGACGCAGACGAAGACGCGGACGAAGACGCAGACGCAGAGGCAGACGAAGACGCAGAUAAAGACGCAGAUAAAGACGCAGACGAAGACGCGGACGAAGACGCGGACGAAGAGGCAGACGAAGACGCAGACGAAAACACAGACGAAGAGGCAGACGAAGACGCAGACGAAAACACAGACGAAGAGGCAGACGAAGACGCAGACGAAAACACAGACGAAGAGGCAGACGAAGACGCAGACGAAAACACAGACGAAGAGGCAGACGAAGACGCAGACGAAAACACAGACGAAGAGGCAGACGAAGACGCAGACGAAAACACAGACGAAGAGGCAGACGAAGACGCAGACGAAAACACAGACGAAGAGGCAGACGAAGACGCAGACGAAAACACAGACGAAGACGCAGACGAAAACACAGACGAAGAGGCAGACGAAGACGCAGACGAAAACACAGACGAAGACGCAGACGAAAACGCAGACGAAAACGCAGACGAAGAGGCAGACGAAGACGCAGACGAAAACACAGACGAAGACGCAGACGAAGACGCAGACGAAGACGCAGACGCAGAGCAGACGAAGAGGCAGACGGACGAAGACGCAGACGAAAACACAGACGAAGACGCAGACGAAAACGCAGACGAAGACGCAGACGAAGACGCAGACGCAGAGCAGACGAAGAGGCAGACGAAGACGCAGACGAAAACACAGACGAAGACGCAGACGAAGACGCAGACGCAGAGCAGACGAAGAGGCAGACGGACGAAGACGCAGACGAAGACGCAACGCAGAGGCAGACGAAGACGCAGACGAAAACACAGACGAAGACGCAGACGCAGAGCAGACGAAGAGGCAGACGGACGAAGACGCAGACGAAGACGCAACGCAGAGGCAGACGAAGACGCAGACGAAAACACAGACGAAGACGCAGACGAAGACGCAGACGCAGAGCAGACGAAGAGGCAGACGGACGAAGACGCAGACGAAGACGCAGACGAAGACGCGGACGAAGACGCAGACGAAGACGCGGACGAAGACGCGGACGAAGACGCAGACGAAGACGCGGACGAAGACGCGGACGAAGACGCAGACGAAGACGCAACGCAGAGGCAGACGAAGACGCAGACGCGGGAGAAAAGGCCUUUGUCUUGGGGCAUGUUGGGGGCGUGGGGACGCAAGGGAAACACGAAUAAACGAGGAACAAGACGAAGAUAA